AUGAGAAGAGAGGCGUCAUGUUUGUAUCCGAAGCGCUUCCUGACGAUAAUCAUUGACGGAAUGGACCAGAAGAAAACUAACAUUCCCAUUCUAUACACCAAAGCAAGAAAUUCGAAACAGAUUUCGAAUCUGCAGCAAGUAAGGACACACUUGCUGGGCGUACUGGUCCACAGAGAUUCAGAAACUUCAGGAAUGAGAAAAGUUGGAUUUGGCCAUUUUGAUUUGAUGCAAUAUCCACAUGAUGCCAACUUGUUAUAUACAAAUGUAUAUGGAAAUCCUUUUUUGGCAGAAAUCAAAGAUGCACUAGGAACAGAGCUUCACCUGCAAACAGACAGUGCUUCGGACAACAAAAACAAGACGGUCUUGUGCUUCUUAGGAUUGCUAGUGCAUUUGGGCAUAUUUGAGGAGACCUGCUUCAAGCUUUUCAAAAGCUAUCAUAUGUUGAGCGAGGAAAGAUGGUAAAAUUGGUUUGGGAUUUUAAGGGAUGGAUGGAAAA